ACGGGUCCCGGCGGCUGAAGCGGCUGAGUUGCAGAUAUGGAUCUGGAGGAGGCGGUGAGAAGUCCGGCUGCUGCGCGACCAGGCGACGGGGCGGGAGAGCCGUGAGGCUGAGGAGAAGGCGCCGGAGGACGCCAGCUGGCUGUGGAGGCGCUCUGAGAGAGUUCAGAGAGCGCUGUUCUCAGUGUGCUGCUGUUUCUUGGGGUCUUACUGAUGAAGGCAAAUAUUAUUGUACUUCUUGCCACAAUGUUACAGAAAGAUCUAGGGAAGUCAUAGACACUGGGGCUAUUCCUAAUACUAAAAUACAAGCCAUCAACCGGGGACUUAAAAGAAAACGAAAACUUGAGAAAGGCUGGGAUUGGUAUGUGUGUGAAGGUUUUCAGCACAUACUUUAUCAACAAGCAGAAGCCUUGCAGAGCCUUGGAGUAGGCCCGGAGUUAAAGAAUGAAGUUUUGCAUAAUUUUUGGAAGCGCUACCUUCAGAAGAGCAAGCAGGCAUAUUGUAAAAACCCAGUUUAUCCCAUCAGAAGGAAAAGUACGGUAUUAGAAGAUAAUUCGAGCCAUUCAGACUGGGAGAGUGAGCCUGAGCUGCUGAGUGACGUGAGUCGACUGUCUUUUGGUGAGAGUGGAGCAGAGUCUCAGCCUGAUGUCCGCACUCCAAAGCCUUUCCCCAUCAUCAAAGCAUCACACUCAGAAACGACCUCUGUCUGUUCCGGGUCUCUUGAUGGAGUAGAAUAUUCGCUGCGGAAGGAGAAGGGGGUCAUGAAGAUGAGCGUACCACGGACGCUAGCCUUCUGCUAUCUGUCAUUACUUUGGCAGAGAGAGACAAUUACUCUUUCAGAUCUUUUGAGAUUUGUUGAAGAGGAACAUAUUCCUUACAUACAUGCUUUUCAGCAUUUUCCAGAAGAGAUGAAAUUAUAUGGACGUGACAAAGGAAUCUUUGCCAUAGAGUCUUGGCCUAACUAUGAAGUUAUCUUUAAAAAAAUAAUUGAAGUUGCCACAUUUUUAGAUUUGCCACGUUUUCCAGACAUAACUGAAAACUGCUAUCUUCAUCCAAACAUCUUGUGUAUGAAAUACUUGAUGGAGGUCAAUCUCCCUGAUGAAAUGCAUAAUUUAACCUGCCUAGUGGUAAAAGCAACUGGAAUAGGAGAAGUGGAUUUUCUAAGAUUUGAUCCUAUAGCUAAAAAGGCAAAAACUGUUAAAUAUGAUGUGCAAGCUGUAGCUGUCAUUGUAGUGGCAUUGAAACUGCUCUUUUUAUUAGAUGACAAUUUAGAAUGGUCUUUGUCUAAUAUUGCAGAGAAAUAUAAUGAAAAGAACAAAGAAGAUAAACCAUGGUUUGAUUUCAGAAAAUGGUACCAAGUUAUGAAGAACGCUAUUGAUGAGAAAAAACAAAAGUGGGAGGAAGCCAGGGCAAAGUUUCUGUGGAAAGGUGAAAAGCCACUCUACUACUCAGCCAUUGAUAGGCCAGUGGUGUAUAAAAGAAGAGAAAUGGUGGUGAAUCUACAGAAACAGUUUAGCACACUGGUAGAUUCAGCACCAAACAUUGAAAAAACAAAGCCUUCAAGUUUUCAGUUCAACUGGACUGAAGAGGACAGCGAGAGGCCUUGUUUCCAUGGUCAUAGCCUCCAGGGAGUCCUGCAGCAGAAAGGCCAGUCCCUGACAACCAAGAAUUCCCUCUACUGGCUGAGUACUCAGAAGUUCUGUAAAAGCCAUUGUAAGCAUGUGACAACCUAUGAAGAAUCCAAUUUUUCUCUGAGUUACCAGUUUAUACUAAAUCUCUUCUCCUUCUUGCUGAGAAUAAAGACUUCGUUUCUCCAUGAAGAAGUGAGCUUAAUAGAAAAGAGACUUUUUAAAGCAAAAUAUAAUAAAACAAACAAGAAAUCUUCAAGAUCCAGGAAAGCAAGAAAAUACUGAAAGAAAUAAGUGGAAACUUGUCAGGGAAAAUAUUUUAAUAAUGAAAGUAAUGUCAUUGUAAUAUAAAAUUCUAGAGAAUGGUGAAAAAUAGUGUUUUAUUGCAUACAUGUACACACAUACAAAUACCUAUAUCAAAUAAAAAUGUAUGUUGGAAAACA